UUAACCGCCGCGCACAUGCUAGCGUCCUCGUCGCUGCCGUCGACGCAGUCCUUCACACCGUCGCAGACCGUUUCCUGGUGCACGCAACCUCCGGCGUGUGCGUUCGUUAUCGGAGGCUUCUUAUCAUUCGGUUCGUGCGAAGAGGCAGGCGGCACACCUAGUUCCGCCUGUGUGCCUGUUCAUGCCGCAGAAAGAGACUUGAUCGUCCCAGUCCUCAUCAAACUGUCGUUAGAUAUCGUCCGAGAAUCGAUCAUGAGGAAUAUCGUUCUGGUGAUCCUGCUCGCCGCGCUCGCAAACGCACAAUUGAAAUACAAGUUCUGCGCUCCCGUGGAAACGAUAAACGAUAACGCGUGCUUCGCUCUGCAACGAGGGGACAGCGAGGUAUCAUGCUUUCGCGUGGCGGACAGCGCCGACUGUGCGAUUCGUUUGGCGCAGGGGGAGGCUGAUUUUGGCGUCUUCAAUGCGGAGGAAUUAUUGCUGGCGUACCCGUUCUACCAGAACAACAUCGUGCCCAUUCAGCAAUUGAGACACAGGGACAAGCCACUGGAGGAAUUCGAGUUCCAAACGGUGGCGGUGAUGCGCGCGGAUCUGACGCAGAUGAUCGGCCCACCCGGCGCGGGUUUCGACAACCUGAAGAACGGUGGCCUUUGUCACCCCGGCUUCAGCAAGUCCCAAUGGUGGAACGAUUACAUACUCAAGUACUUCGAGAAAACGGUGAAUUCUGCAGAAUGCCGCGAGAACGUGAGCGUCGCUGAGAACGAGGCCAGAAAUCUCCGAAGUUUCUUUGGGAAGGCAUGCAGGCCGGGCGAAUGGGUCUCCGACAGCUCCAUUGACCAAGAAUUGAAGAGGAAAUAUCCAGAACUUUGUGCCCUCUGCGACAACCAGGCAGGUUGCACCUACAACAAUAAAGCGAAUCACGGACAUCGCGGAGCUCUCGAGUGUCUGACUAACCGCCGAGGUAACGUGGCGUACGUGGCGCUCAGUUACGUGCGCCAAUAUCUCAAGACGAACAACACGUUCGAAUUCUUGUGUCCGAAUGGCGAAAGGCUUCCUUUGAGCUCUCCGACUCCGUGCGCAUGGAUCAAGCAACCGUGGAGCGUCGUCGCCGCUAGAACAGAGGUCGCGGACAUUCUCAGGACCAAGCUGCCGAACUGGCUGAGAGCAGACUCGAGCGAAAUCUGGAAGUUGACUCUGAGCAAAAUUAUACAGGAGGACAGCUUGGCCAUCAACAUGACGGAAAAGUUGUCCUUGGCAGCGUAUUUGAGCAAAGGAAGGGACAUCGAUCUCGCAGGCGGGCAGACCUGCGACAGGACUAUCCGCUGGUGCACGGUCGGCGAUUUGGACACGAAUAAAUGCAGAUGGGUGGCGAGAGCCAUGAUGGCGCUCGGCAUCGAGCCGCGCAUUUCUUGCGUCCAGUCGAACACCGUGUUCGAAUGUUUACGCAAGAUAUCUGAGCAACAAGCGGACAUAAUCACCAUCGACUCCAAUUACGGCUAUGUGGCGCGGAAAGUUUACGGCUUGUCAACGGUCUUGUACUGCGAAACCGAGACGGACAAGAAUAGCGUGAUAAUCGCCGUGGUGCGCAGUUCAGCGGACAAUAACUACCCCAUAAAGAGUUUCCAAGAUCUGAAGGGUAAAAAGGCGUGUUUCCCCGAGUACGCUGGUAUCAGCUGGCUGAGUUUCGUCAACAUCGCGAGGAAGACGGGAAUCAUCUCGUCCACGUCCUGUGACUACCCGCUCUUGGCAUCCAAGCUAUUUUCCGGAGCCUGCACCCCCGGAAUAAAAGACCGCGACCACUCGCGCACCAGCGCCUCGGCCGAUGUGUCGACCAAGCUCUGCUCUGCUUGCAUGCGUUCGAAUAACACGUCUUGCGCGGUGAACAGCACCAAUCGCUAUUACAACGAUAAGGGAGCCAUGCAUUGCCUCGCAGAGAGUGCCGGCGACAUCGCAUUCGUGGAAGUGGGAAACAUCAAUGACGACGCUACUAACCCAGAUGACUACCGCAUUUUGUGCAAGAAUGGAAGCCUGGCUGCAAAUCCCGGGUUCCAUGUCGACGAUACCUGCCCGUUGUCGGUGAUAAUCGACAGUGAGGUUGUCGGACGGAAAAAUAAUACGCAGACCGACACUACGGAUAUACUGCUGGCCCUUUUGAAAAUGGAAGAUUGGCUAGGAUAUCGCGUGGAUGCCGAGAGACCAAUCCAUGUCUACGGCCCGUUCAACGGUACUUACAACCUUCUCUUCAAGGAUUCCACGUCCGGUCUGGUUUCCACAACGUCGUCGACGAAAACGGUGGAAGCUUACAAAGAACUCUUCAGUCACGUGUAUCAGUGCUCGACCGGCCAGCCGACAGCAGCAGCUAAUUUUAUCUUCGUACUUUCAGUCGCGCUCUACCAUCUUCUUCCUAGUCACACAUAGUGUAGCAAAUGUAUUUUCCAACUCGAACGUCUACGAUAUUUACGUAAAUAUAUGUAC